GAUAUUUUAAAUUCAGAAUUUUCCGUUCACGCUCAAGAUUGGACGCGUGCAUUGAACUAUUGUAGUGUAAUUUAUCUAAUAACAUUGAUUGUUUUUAAAGUUUUGCGCAAUUAUUAGUGGAAAUGGAUGUGCCGGCGAAAGGAAAUAUUUUGGGGCGUUUCGUCUCAGCCCGCUACAUUCUCGCGGUGCUGGGUUCUAUCGGCAUGGCGAUAGUGUAUGGGUUGAAAGUUAACCUAUCGGUCGCUUUGGUGGGCAUGCUGAACCAUACAGCCAUUAAGAUGAAUGAACAGAAGUCUGACCAUGGCAGUCAUAAUGUUACAGUGCGUGCUGAAGUGGAAUGCGAACCUCCAACAAGCUCUGGGCAUGCUAAGGAGGCAGAUGGUCCAUUUCUCUGGUCAUCCGAAAUACAGGGAAUCAUACUCAGCUGUUAUUUCUGGGGAUAUUUCGUCUCGCAGAUUCCCGGUGCCCGCAUAUCAGAGUUGUUCUCUGCAAAAUGGGUUAUGUUCUUCAGCGUGUCAAUCAACGUUGUGUGCACGCUUUUUACACCAGUGAUGGCCAAAGCUCAUUAUGUCGCCGUGAUUAUUAUGAGAAUUGGAGAAGGGAUUGGAGGGGGUGUAACAUUUCCGGCAAUGCACGUUCUGUUAUCGAAAUGGGCACCGCCAGCUGAGCGGAGUGUGAUGGCAGCGCUAGUAUACGCGGGGACUUCCCUGGGGACCGUCAUUUCUAUGCUGAUGGCUGGAGUACUGACAGCCAACCUUGGAUGGGAGAGCGUGUUCUACGUUAUGGGUGGCCUGUCGUGUCUGUGGUGCGUGCUGUGGGUGUGGCUGGUACAGGACUCCCCCCAACAGCAGCCGCUCAUCAGCAAGGAGGAGCGGGAACUGAUCGUCACUUCCCUGGGGGGGAAGGCCGACGAUCAUGAACAUAAGAAACUGCCGGUGCCAUGGAAAGCUGUGCUGACUUCAGGUCCGUUCCUGGCCAUCCUGGUCGCGCACGCGUGCUCCAACUGGGGCUGGUACAUGCUGCUCAUAGAGCUGCCUUUUUAUAUGAAGCAGGUGCUCAAGUUCAACAUGUCGGAGAAUGCCGUGGCCACGGCGCUGCCGUUUCUCUCGCUGUGGUUCUUCAGCCUAGCGCUCAGCAAGAGCUUGGACUGGCUGCGCGGCAAGUCCUACAUCACCACCACCACUGCUAGGAAGGUCGGCACGCUGUUUGCGUCUGCGGUGCCGGCUGUUUGUCUGCUCGGUCUGUGCUACGUGGGCUGCAAUCGCGGGCUGGCCGUGGCUCUCACGGCGCUAGGCGUCACCGCCAUCGGGGGGAUGUUCUGUGGCUUUCUGUCCAACCACAUCGACAUCGCGCCCAACUUCGCCGGUACCCUCAUGGCCAUGACAAAUACAGUGGCAACAAUUCCCGGGAUCGUUGUACCCAUAUUCGUAGGCGUCCUGACCCAUGGCAAUCAAACGAUAUCGGCGUGGCGGGUGAUCUUCUUCGUCACAAUCGGUCUGUACGUCAUCGAGAUAGUUGUGUAUACAAUAUUCGGUUCCGGCGAACAACAGCCCUGGAACAACGUGCCGCAGAACGACGGCGAAAACCAUGAGGAGAAACCGCUUAAGAACGAGACUGACAAAAAUGACCAAGUUGCAGUUUAAGACCUAGCGUACUAUAUAUUUAAUAUUUUCAGUGGCGUGCACUUC